AGAGUGUAUAGGCAGCAGCAGAACAGCAGCAUAUUCUUUCUUGGGGACCGAACAGAAAUAUUUUCUGAAAGCAAAAAUGUGUUGGAUAAUCUGAGAAAAGAGUACCAGGAAGUCGAAAACUUGGAGAAGACCAAAAGCACCAAAUAGUCAGUUUGAUUUCAUGUAAAAUGUGUGGCAUUUGUUGUGUGGUAAACUUCUCUGUUGAGCAUUUCAGCAAAGACUUGAAAGAAAGUUUACUGUCUAACCUUAGUCGAAGAGGCCCCAAUAGUAGUAAACAGUUGUCAAAGUCCAGUGUUCACUACCAGUGUUUAUUUUCUGGUCAUGUCCUUCACUUGAGAGGGGAUUUGACUGUCCAGCCUGUGGAAGAUGAAGGCGGCAAUGUGUUCCUGUGGAAUGGAGAAGUUUUUGGUGGAGUAAAGGUUGAAGCUGAAGAGAAUGAUACUCAAGUAAUGUUUCGUUUUCUUUCUGCAUGUAAGACUGACUGUGAUAUCUUGUCGCUCUUCUCAGAAGUUCGGGGUCCGUGGUCCUUUAUAUAUUAUCAAGCAUCUAGUCACUAUUUAUGGUUCGGUAGGGAUUUUUUUGGUCGUCGUAGUUUACUUUGGCAUUUUAGUGAUUCGGAGAAGAGUUUCUGCCUCUCUUCUGUGAGUGCCCACAUAUCUGGUGGGACCCAGCUGUGGCAAGAAGUUCCGGCAUCUGGAAUUUUCAGAAUCGAUCUCAAGUCUGCUUCUGUUUCCAGAUGUGUGAUUCUGAAAUUGUAUCCCUGGAAGUCUGUUCCUGGGGAGAAUGAUGUCAGUGAGCAUGUUAGUACCCUGCUUCGUCCCUCGGCAGACUUGCCUCCCUUUGUAUCAGUUGAAGUAAAUGAAGCUAACCUGUGUCUUAGUGAGCCUGUCAUCCCUUUAAAUAUGAUGUCACCCCAAGCCCCAUUUGCACCUGAGUGCAGUGUUCUUUCCAGUCGCCCACCUACAAGAGAGACACUUAAAGCUUUUCUUACUGAUGGACACACGAUGCAAACAGUACAGCAAUUCAUAGAUGUCCUGAGUACCGCAGUCAAGAAACGUGUCUUGUGUUUACCUAGGGACAAAAUCCUGACAUCCAAUGAAGUUUUAGAAGCCCACGAUAAAAAAGCAAAUGUUGCAAUCCUUUUUUCUGGAGGCAUUGAUUCCAUGGUUCUUGCAGCCCUCGCUGAUCGACAUAUCCCUUUAGAUGAACCGAUUGAUCUUCUUAAUGUGGCUUUCAUGAGUAAAGAAACAACCAGUAACCAAAAAGGGGGUAAACAGAAAAACUAUUGCAAAACAUCUUCAGAAGAAUCCUCUGCUGCUGAUCCUGAUAAACAAUUUGAUGUCCCAGAUCGAAUCACAGGAAGAGCAGGACUAAAAGAACUAAAAACUGUUAGCCCUUCUCGAAUUUGGAAUUUUAUCGAAAUUAAUGUUUCUCUGGAAGAACUGCAAAACUUAAGAAGCUCUCAAAUAUGCCACUUGAUUCGGCCUUUGGAUACAGUUUUGGAUGACAGCAUUGGUUGUGCAGUCUGGUUUGCUUCUAGAGGUGUUGGUCGGCUGGUCACCCAGGAUGAAGUGAAAUUGUAUCAGAGUAGUGCAAAGGUGGUUCUAACUGGAAUUGGAGCAGACGAGCAGCUUGCAGGUUAUUCUCGUCAUCAUGUCUGCUUUCAGACACGUGGGCUGGAAGGAUUGAACAAGGAAAUCAAGAUGGAAAUUGAUCGAAUUUCUUCUCGAAAUCUUGGUCGUGAUGAUAGAGUUAUCGGUGAUCAUGGAAAAGAAGCAAGAUUUCCUUUCUUGGAUGAAGAUGUUGUCUCCUUCCUAAAUUCUCAACCAAUCUGGGUCAAAGCAAACCUGACUCUCCCCCGUGGGCUUGGUGAAAAGCUGCUUUUGCGUCUUGCAGCCUUGGAACUUGGAUUGACAGCCUCCGCACUUCUGCCAAAACGGGCCAUGCAGUUUGGAUCCAGAAUUGCAAAAAUGGAAAAGAAAAAUGAAAAGUCAUCUGACAAAUGUGAAAGACUGCAACUCAUUCCCCUAGAAAAUCUUUCUCGUGGCAAGGAAAUCGUCCAGUGAUUUGUCAGCUUAACAUUUAUUGCAUGAUAAUUAAAUAAAACAUUGCUGCUUUGCUCUGGCAUAA